AUGCUAUAUAGUUUUAGUUUAAGUCAUAUUAAUGGCCAAGACAUGUGGCCAAAGGUUGACACAGAAGAGAUAUUGUCUCCAACCUAUAAUAGAGGACCUGGCAGAUCAAAGAAGUUGAUAAGGAGGGAACCUGAUGAGGACCCUAAUAAAGUAAGAUCAGAAACUAAUUAUUGUUGCAUUAGAUGUGGUGUACAUGGCCAUAAUGCAAGAAGUUGUACCAGCCAAGUGGUUGACCUUAAAGCUAACAAAUGCAAGAGGAAGCCAAAGAAAACUGCAUCAGGACAAGGAAAAGGACAAGGACACAGUCAAACUCAAACUACAUCAGUUUAA